UUCAAAUUUAAAUUUCAGUGCAAAUUUAUACUGCAAAUUCAUCAAAUGCAAAAAUAACUUAAGAGAUUAAUAAAAUUACAGUUUAUCCCUUAUGACCAAAAAAUACUUGUAAACAUUUUACAAAUAUAUUCUUGUAAAAUAUUCUCUGUAUAAUGAAAUAUUCUCAUGUAUUUAAUUUUAAAGUGAAUUUAUAAAAUUUAUAAAAAAAUAUUUUGAUGGAAAAUAAAUUUAAACCAUGGGAUAAUUUGCAAAAUACCCUAUUUAGGAUUUGAAAUUUGAUAAUUGCAAUUUUUAUUUUACUUUUUGAAAUAUACACUUCCUUGAUAUGAAUUGACGUUUUUACCCAAGAUAUAUAAAUUCAAAACUAAUAAAAAUAAUAUCAUUAAAAUAAUUUAUGUUUAAGAUAACUAUGUGUGUUGAGAUAAAUAUGUCAUAAUCUUUCCGAGUUUCUUGUGGGGAAAUAUUUUCCCAUGCCUCCAAUUGUUCGUUUCUUUCCACAGAGUGUAUUUUUUUUACAGGAAUCCGGACCUCUCACUUAGUCCGACUAUUUCACCGCGUCCAACCGGAACUAGCGAGGAAGGUCCUGGAGGCCAUACGGAAACCAUGUUAAAUCCGCUGUGGCCGGAGUUCGAACUCGUGAUGACGGGCACCUCAGCCGAGGUUCCUUUACCACCAGACCAUGAGGCCCGGUUCAGAGUGUAAAUUGUAGCUUGAAAGUUGUACCUUACUAGCAGCAAUGAGUUAUGAUUAAGAGUUGUUGUGCUGAGCAUGGUUACAUGCGCCCUACCUCUGUGUACUGAUCUCUUAAAGGGGAGUCAAGACCGCUCAUGGAACAAUGAAGAAGAACAAUAUCAAAUGUGGAUGCGGAAAUGACAAGAUUUUUUAUUUUAUACCAUACUUCAUUCAAAUCUUUCACAUCAAAACCGUUGUCAGAUUAGUCACUGAAAUAAAAAUUCCAUAUAAUGUGAUUAUUAUGUUACAUUGUUUCUCCAAUGGCAGAUUCGAUAUGUUUAAGUAGAAACUGAUGUAGCUUCUUUCUUAAUUCUUCGACUUUUUCACUGGCUUCACAUCUGUUUUUUAUCAGAUCAUCGAGCCAACAGUUUACUGCUUUAAGGCUGACAAGAAUAGACUCUUUUCCAUUUGCUUUUUCCUUCUUCACAAAGAAGGACCCUUUCUUCAGUGAGUUCUCCAAAUAUUUAAAGAACCAUUGGCUUGAAACUCGAAGUAACUCCUCCGCUGAACUCAGUGACUCUUUUAACCUGUUCUUCUUACCUUCAGAAUUACUUAUUUCAGAAACAGAACUAUGUUUUGUUGAAGGCUGUUUGACACCCAUGUAAGCUUGGUUUCUUGAACUGGGAAAAACCGGUCACUACAGCAUCUUGAACCCAAGCUACUGCAUUCUUCUUAGCUCCUACCUCCUAAUCUACAAGAACCGUUGUGAGUAAGCAACAGACAGAGUGCUUUGCAAAAAACGUUUUGAACAGAUAAACCUUUUCAGAAAAACGUUUAGAACAUAAAAGCGUCAAAUUCCAAAGUCGUAGCUAGCACGAUUUAUGUUUAAUGAAAGGUUUGUUGUUGUUUAAUUAGUUAUUUGAUUUUAUGGUUUAAGGUAUUCUUAGAGCAUCUCCAAAGAGAAACUCCAUUUUGAAGUUUCCAAAACUCUAUAUUUGAAGUUUAAAAUGUUCUUCUCCAAAGGCAAAACUUCAGACUCAACUUCAAAAUUAUUUGUAUUUUAUAAUAUGGUCAUUAUAUUUGUCAUAACUAAUUUGAAUUCAUAAAACUUUUGUAAGUAACUAGCACAUAUAUAAACAUAUCACAACAAUAUUAAUUAAAGAAAUAUUCUAUUAUAAUUUAAAAUUUUAGAUAAAAAUAACUUAAUUAAUAUUAAACUUCGCAAAAUACCAUAUUAUUCCAUAAAUGAUUUUCGUAAUGCAUAUGUGAUCUAUUAGUGCAUUUUGAAGUAAAAAUGGCUCUCCUCAUUUUUACUUUGUUGAAAUCGGGUGAUAUUGAUACUUGUAAAUAUAUCAGAUCAAAACAAGAAAGUAAAAGAGAAACAUAAAAUAUUGCUAAAAGACUAAUUUAUUUUCAAUGAUAUUAAUACUCAUGAAUAUAUUGGAUAUGAAUAAGAAAGAAUUGUACGAAAAAGACAAAAAAAAAAAAAACAACAACAACAACCAUCUUCAGUUAACAAAAAACAUUGGACAAUAUUUGAAAAUUUUGAGGUUCCGGAUCAAACUUACCUACUACUAGUGUUGUUGUAAUAUUUAAAUUUGUGUAAUAGUUAUGUCAUCAUGUAAUUUUUAAAAAUAUUUUUUUGUUAAGUUUCUUUUGUAUAUUAUUGUUUUCCUAGUUAAAAUAUUUUAAAUCUUAUUUUGAAGUUUUAUUUAAUUUUAUGUGUAAAAUAAAAUUUUGUAAACAUAAUUUAAAAUAUUUAUGAGAUAUAAUUUUUGUAAGGAUUAAAAUAAUAAACAAGAAAAUAUUUAUGGAAUAUAAAUGUGAUGUGUGAUUGUAAAGAGCAAAAUGCAAAUAAAAAAUAUGAAACUUUAAAUUUGAAGUUUUGAGUAGUGAAACUCAAAUAUAGAGUUUCACUCCUCAAAAUAUCAAAUUUGAAGUUUUUGAAAUUUCUUUUUGAGAAGCAAAAAACUUCAUAUUUGAAAUUAUAUAGUGUCUUUUGGAGAUGCUCUUACAUAUAGUGCACUAGAAAAGUUCCGCAAUAGUUCUACACUUUUUAAAUGUCUUCUAGUGCAUUUUAUUUUAGAAUAUUUUCCAAAAAAACUUCCGAAACCGAAAAUAUUUAAUCAAGUCUUAAUUUUUACUUUAAGAUUUAAUAUAACUGUACUUAACUAAUAAUUUAUAUAUGAUGUUUAUUAGGGUUUGGAAGAUUUCCCUUUUAUCACUUAAGAUUUCUGUAGAAGACCUUACAGUGAAGUCUACUAUUACCCAGUCAAAUUUUAGUAAAAUUUGUGGUUUUCCGGUAACCAUUAAUUUAGAAAUAUAACAAAUAAUUUUUAUUAGCUUAAAAUUGAAAACCUAAAAUUAUUAUUUCUUCUCAUGUACAACGGCGCCUCGUCAUUAAUUCUUUCUUUUCUUCUCUCAUUUAUCUGAAAACGAGUGGUGAUUGCGGACACAAACAAGGUCAGUGACGAUGUUGCCUUCUACCCAAUCGUAAGGCUGACCAAGACGACUAUAGGCGAGGUCGUCACUUGUCAGAGAGAGAGUUCUGGAGCUGCUUGCUUUGCCUGAAGAUGAUGUUCCUCGGCUCCUCGCUUCUUGCUUGACAUUGGUUAUCUCUUUAACCUUCCUGCAAAAGCGGAGAGCAGGGAAACAAUCUCUGAGAAUGGGCACCAAUGGAUUGGCCUUGACCUCUCAGCCUCUAUGCUUAGAAAGUGAUGGAGGUCGCUAAUUUGUUGCUUCUCUAGCAAGGAGCGAACAUAGCCAGGCAUGACCGGACCUUGCCACAUACGAUUGAUGGCGGUGAUCCCUUGUCACACUAAUGGCUAUUUCAGAGGCCGCCUUGUUACAUGUGCCCGGCACAAAUUGCAGGCUGCUUCCAGAAGAGAAUUGCUGGAGAUAGUUACUGAUGGCGCUAGCAGCUCUUUCAGAAGAGAAUUCAGACAUCACGUUUUUAAUUUUCAAAUCAACCAGGGCUUUUGCUGACCACAACAAAGCCAAAAGGUCAUCCUGUAAUGAGGAUGCAAUGCCACUGAAGGAUCUCCUGCUAUGGAAAAUAGCUUUCCCACUCGAGUCUCUUAAGUAGAAGUUAACACAUUUUUUCUUUCUAACUGCAAUAUCAGCUGGAAUAUGGAACCUUGUAAAACAAACUUACUAUAACUACUUUCUGCAAAUUACAAAUGAGUGAUAAAGUUUCAACUUUUUGAGAAAAUUUCCCAAAAAUGAGUCUCACCUUCUUGACCAAAUUAACACCUAAUCUCUUUUAGAGGAACAUUCUCUCAUUUACUGCAAAAUAUAGAAAUAGUAUACGAUAAAAACUAAAACAUAACUCUGUUUAAAAUUAUAUACUUUGACACACGGUCUCUUUCUCUACAAUUUUGUUUGUAACUUUUCCUCCACCUCUACCUCAAUUUUGUUACGGUUUACAUAUAUAUAUAUGAAUUAAAAAGUAGUAAUAAAAUAAUCUACUGCUGACAAAAAAAUACUACUUUGUAGUAUAAUUUUGGCUGUAAAAAUUAAAAAGUGGUAAUAAAUAAUUUUUUGGAAUGAUGUGCAUCUGUAGUUACUUUUCUUCUUGGAAAUUGAUAUUUAUUUGUCCAACAAAUGUGAACUACUUGGAUUAGAUGUGACUAUAUAUCCGGAGAUCUCAAGCGUCCAACGAAUCAAAAGGCUCACAAGCAAAAGGAAAAAUUAGUCCACGUUGAUGAACCACCACUUGAAAAAUCUUGAAGCACAAUUUCACAAGUUUCCUUUCGAUCCCAACCCCAUCUUUUAUAAUAUAAAUUUCAAACAGAAGCACCUAAACUUCUCAAAAUCGUGAGGAAUGGCCACACAAGCUUCUCGUUCAAGAAGAGAUAUGGACGUGACUAUCUUCUUGUUCUCCUUCCUCUUAACUCUCACUGCUCUAGUGGAAGCUGCUGGUCGUGGAGUUUCCAAUAAUAAUAACAAAAAUGGCGGAUUAGGAGCUUCGUUUAUAUUUGGAGAUUCUCUAGUCGAUGCCGGAAACAAUAAUUAUCUACCGACCUUGUCUAGGGCCAAUAUGAAGCCUAAUGGUAUCGAUUUCAAAGCCUCCGGAGGAAACCCUACCGGUCGGUUUACUAAUGGCCGGACCAUUGGUGACAUCGUUGGGGAAGAGCUAGGGUCAGCGAACUAUGCGAUCCCAUUCUUAGCACCAAACGCUACCGGAAAAGCUUUAUUAGCCGGUGUUAAUUACGCGUCUGGAGGAGGAGGAAUCAUGAAUGCAACCGGAAGAAUCUUUGUGAAUAGGUUAGGUAUGGAUGUACAAGUCGAUUUCUUCAACACCACACGUAAACAAUUCGAUGACCUACUUGGAAAGGACAAAGCAAAAGAGUAUAUAAGCAAGAAAUCAAUAUUCUCAAUCACUAUUGGAGCCAACGACUUCCUCAACAACUAUCUAUUCCCACUUCUCUCCGUCGGAACACGGCUCACGGAAACUCCUGAUAUCUUUAUUGACGACAUGCUUGAUCAUCUACGCGACCAACUAACCAGGUUGUAUCAAUUGGAUGCGAGAAAGUUUGUGAUCGGGAACGUUGGACCGAUCGGAUGCAUACCGUACCAGAAAACCAUUAAUCAAUUAAACGAAGACGAGUGUGUGGACUUGGCUAAUAAGCUAGCAAAUCAAUACAACGUUCGACUAAAGAGUUUAUUGGAGGACCUAAACAAGAAGCUUCCCGGAGCAAUGUUCGUGCAUGCAAAUGUCUACGAUCUGGUCAUGGAACUCAUUACUAACUACAAAAAAUACGGGUUCAAAACUGCCACAAAGGCUUGUUGCGGUAAUGGAGGACAGUAUGCGGGUAUAGUACCGUGCGGACCGACUUCGAGUUUGUGCGAAGAAAGGGAUAAGUAUGUGUUUUGGGAUCCCUAUCAUCCGAGUGAAGCAGCAAAUGUUAUCAUCGCGAAGCAAUUGUUGUAUGGUGAUACUAAAGUUAUAUCUCCGGUUAAUCUCAGCAAACUUAGAGAUAUGUGAUUUGAUUGUCUGCUGAACAAAGCGUCUCCUUGGAGAUUCUAUAAAUAUUUUUCUUGCAUUUACGUUUGUUAUACGCAAAGCUAAGAUCCAUCUUUGUAUCAUUGUAUGUGUUUGUGUUGUGUUUACUUUUAGUGAGAAUUCUUUUUUUUUGUCAAGAUAUAUGAUAGAAAAUUCGAAAAUGUAUUUGUCAAAAAUGUGAACAAAUUUCUGGUUCUCCUUCUA